AUUUCUGCUAUUCAAUGCAUCUCCUGGCUUCCACGCUUUUUUCGUUUGCACUGAUAUAUGGCCGAGGAGAAUCAAGUGACGUUACGGACGUUGCAUUUCACCGGAACAUGUGUAAAUAUGGCAACAAAUUUUUGUGGAUUUGCACUACCCUGAACAACAGUGCAAAAGAGUCACCUGCAAAGCACAACACAGAGCUCUUUCUGUCGAAUGGUGCUUGCAAACAACACCGCCUGAUUCGUCAUGUCGCCGCGUAACAGGUCAUGAAAGUCCAGAGUUUCCAUUUUGCUGCCAACUUUACAUGUGCAGCGACAGGCGACGUAUGUCAUUUGGCAUUAUGGUUACCUUUACUAUGGAUGGACGAACGGUGUCUGAAGAUGAAGGGUUUGUUUCCGCGACCGGUCGUUGGGCAGCGAACACCGAGUAUCUACAUUCAGCAUGCGUCGAUGGUAUCUGCAAGUACAUGGGAGAAGUCAUUAGCUCUAGCGAGGUGGACCUGGCCUCGCCAUGCGUGCGCGUACAAAUGUCCCGUACCGGAGACUAUCUCGUCAUCAUUGGUUGCCCGAUACUUGAAGCAAGCGUUCGCAACUGCGUGAAAAUGGACGAUGGCAACGAGACGGCACCAUACCCAUAUUGUUGCCCGCGGUACAUGUGCCCACCAAGAGGCCGUGAGCAACGAAGUAAAGUUGUCACUGAAACAGUCCCAGUAGACGAUGGUAACUGUGACUACCAUGGAAGCAGGUUUUCUACAGCCGUCAUGGCAAGUAGCCCUUGUCACAGUUUGACAUGUUAUCCCGACACUGGAUCUGUGAUAGCACAAGUAUGCCUUGACGCAAAGGAUCUUUCGUGGAAUGGCUGCAUAGAAGUCACCGAAGCCCAGCCCUCCAAAGGGUUUGUCCCUCUGUGCUGCCCAGAUCUGAUCUGUCCGGACAUGACAGUGGAGGAAGCACUGCGUGAACCAAACUACUACGACGUGCUGGCGGUUGUUGAUGCAUGCCGUUAUGAGGAUAGAUAUUUCAGAAAAGCCUGGCAGCCAGAUGGUAAAUGUGAGCUAUGGACAUGUCUGGCUCCAAGGCGCCAAGUUAAAGUUACGAGAUGUCAGAGCAUCCAAGAAGAACUCGGUCCAAAUUGUGCGUGGGAAGUAAAGGAUCCAAACGCGAGGUUCCCUGAAUGCUGUGCCAAGAAAGUCUGCCGUUGGUAUUUUUCGACUUACUUUCCUGGCACGCUUUUGGAGUCAUCUCCUCUUCCGAAAGUUUCCUGAUGUUACCUCAUCAGGUUAUAUACUCUAACAAUAACGUGAAACUGCAUAAUUUAAAGAUUAACCUCAUUAAGAGCUAAAAAAAUGUUUCCUUAUUUAUGACCCACUUCAUUCUUUUUUGUGUUAUAUGUUGUUCAAAUAAAGUAUAAAUAGUAUGCCUA